CUCGCUCCGCUAUGACCCUCCGAACCUCGUCUCGGAUAUCCUACUGCACAAUGAACAAUCGAUGGAGAACGUAAAACAUGUCCAUGGCGUCGGUACGACGGCGACAGAUGCAGUCAUACAUGGAGUCAGCGCCCUAAGCCUUCUCGUCACCCCGGCGUCAUUGUCGUCAACGAUGAAGAGGAACCCCUUAUAAGCGGCAGCUUGCUACGGCACGAUCUUCAGUACAUCCUUCCCCAUCUUUGCUCGCGAACAUAGCACGAAUUACAAUGGGAUCUGACCAGCCUAUCACUGCAUACGACGUCGCGGUCCCGGAGAAGCAGAAACAGAAUUUGCCUGGUUUGGACAAGAAGAUCGAGCCGGGACUGGAGUACAGCCGUCUUGAAGAAUGGGACGAGGAGGGGAACCCUCGUCUGGUCGAAUAUCAGGGUGCGGGAAAGCUGAAGAACAAGGCUAUUAUCGUCACCGGAGGUGACUCUGGCAUCGGACGCGCGACUGCGAUCGCCUUCGCGCGUGAAGGCGCGUCAGGGAUCACGAUCACAUACCUACCCGAGGAGGAGGCGGACGCGAGGGAUGCGAAGAAGGAUAUCGAGGCGUCAGGCGCGAAGGUCAUAACCGUCAAGGUGGACCUGGUCAACGAGGUCGACUGCAAACGCGUCGUCGACGAGCACGUCAAGGCGUUUGGCCGCGUCGACGUCCUCGUCAACAACGCGUCAAGACAAGUAAUCAACUCCGACUUCGCCACCAUCGACCUGAAGGAAGUGCACAACACCUUCCAGGCGAACAUCCUCCAGAUGAUCACGACCACGAAGUACGCGCUCCCGCACAUGAAGCGCGGGUCCGCCAUCAUCAAUACUACAUCUGUCACCGCGUACAAGGGUAGCGCGUCGCUCAUCGACUACUCGUCGACGAAGGGCGCGAUCGUGACGUUCACAAGAUCGCUGGCGCUGCAGUUAGCGCCGAAGGGCAUCCGGGUGAAUGCAGUCGCGCCGGGGGUUGUGAUUACGGCGUUGCAGGCUGGCUCGCGGGGCGCGGAGGAUAUGGAGGGGCUUGGGCUUGGGAUUCCGCUGCUCAAUCGCGGUGCUCAGCCUGCUGAGAUGGCCCCGACAUAUGUCUACCUUGCAAGUGCUCGGGACUCAAAUUUCAUGACGGGUGCGGUCUUGCAUAUCAAUGGUGGUCAACAUGUCGGGGGAUCGUAAGGAUCGCAGCAUAUUGUAUCACGCGUGCGGAUAGGGCACUGAAUAUCACGUUCAUAAUGGCAGCAUUUGAGACCGCU